AUGGAUGCUAUAACCACUAGUACUGUAGCUACUCAGUACUUGACGAUUUCGACAGAAACUAGCGCUGUAACUACACAACCCUCCACAAAAACGACAAGUACUGGUACUGUAACUACACAACCCUCCACAAAUACAACAAGUACUGGUACUGUAACUACACAACCCUCCACAAAUGCGACAAGUACUGGUACUGUAACUACACAACCCUCCACAAAUGCGACAAGUACUGAUACUGUAACUACACAACCCUCCACAAAAUCAAUAAUCACUGAUCUUAUCCCU